AUGCCUGCUGUCAUCCCCUUGCUCCCUCUUGGCACUAGCCGAUCACUAGGCAACAAGCACUACACCCCCCAGUACAGCUUAGAUGAUCUCGUACAAGACAUCAAGGCCUACCUAGGCGAGAGUGGUGGCAUUUCUUCGGCAGAUGUGGAUAACGAAUACCUGAUCUCGCUGGCGCAGAAGUACAUCUCUGAUCCGAACGACUGGGCCCGCUUUUACUACAACGACACCAGCAAGAAUUACACUCGCAAUGCUAUCGAAAACAUUAACCAAAAAGCAAACAUUCUCCUGCUCGUGUGGAACCCCGGGAAAGGCUCCCCCAUCCACGACCAUGCCAAUGCACACUGCAUCAUGAAGGUCCUGGCUGGCACGCUACAAGAAACUAUUUACAACGUCCCCAAUCAGGACUCUGAUCUUCAUGGUCCGUUGGAAAUCAAGUCUGACACGAGGCACUCCAUGAAUGCCGUCGCCUAUAUCUCGGACGAUAUUGGGCUGCAUCGCGUUCACAACCCGAGUAGUGACCAAGUUGCUGUCUCUCUGCACUUAUAUACCCCGCCUAAUGCCGCCGACUAUGGGUAUAACAUUUACAACGAAAUGACAGGCAAAGCGAGCUUUGUCCAACAGGCUCAAGCUGUUUCUCAGAAAGAAUGA